UCAGUUCUGAUCAAAACAUAUUACCAGGAAACUAACACAUCCUCUUGGCAAAAAUCAGUUAUGAAGACAUUCAUGGGAUCUAGAUCCAAGUCCAAAAAGAUUGAAUAUCCUGCAUUCACGAACUUUACCAUCAAGGUGAAUGUUAAAAAGUCAUGGCAAGAUACAGUUAAAAGUGUGUUGAAAAGUGUUCAAGGAGUAACUACCUUCAGAAUGGGGGAUGACGGGUCGGUUAAUAUUUCGGGUUACAUUGAUCCAGUCCAACUUUUGAAAUGUCUGAAGGAAGCUGGAAAAAAUGUUGAGAUGGUGCAUUGGCAAUAUGGAGAAUGUUCAAACAAUUUGUUUGAAAACACUGAACCACCUGCGAAUGACAAUGGAAAUGGUCCAAACGGAGCGGGGGACUAUUACUUACAUCCUGGUUAUGAUGGGUAUGGAAACGGUUAUGGGUAUGGAUAUGGGAAUGCGUAUGGGUAUGACUAUGGUUAUCCGAGGUUUGCAAGUAACUAUGGCUACAAGCAUCUAGAAUGUUCGGGGAAUGCCGAAGAUUGUAAUGGACAUCACGCAAAACAACCAAAGAAUUCAGAGGAAUCGUCUGCGGAACAACCAAAGAGUUCUGAUAAAACUUCUUUUAGUAUUCCAAAAAGGAUUCGUGCUUCUGGGGAAGACCUAAUAUUAAGUGAAAAUGCUCCAAAAUGCUGCAAGAUAAUGUGAUUAAAAUUGUAAGACAUAAUGUCUUCAAUAUAAAGUUUUGUAGCAUCUACAACUAAUGGAUAGGCGUUUCCUGUAUUUUCACUUUUAAAUAAAUUCUAAGGAA